ACGACCGCGCAGAACAAUGAGGUAGCAGCCAUUUUAUGUCGGUGUCUUAGAAAAACAUAAUUCGAAUGGCCAAUCUUAACAAAAUUGUGUAAUUAGUGUUAUAAUUUAUGAGUUUCUGUACACGCAACUAUAAAUAGGUGUUCCGUUACGAAUGUGGCAGAAGCUGAAAAUGGUGGAGCACAUAGGAGUUCGCCAUUAGUUUCCCAGCACACUGGGGCGUGGGCGUCGGGGGCGUGGCACGGGGCGUGGGGGUCCCCGUGCCGCCCCCCGGCGACCUACUCGCCACUAUAUCCAUGUUCGAGCAGCAGAUCAAGGCUGAACCUAUGAGCUUCUACACAUCUCAUCCUCAUGUACACUCCGGUCCCCCUACAAUAGUCCGAUCUGAUAGUCAUCCAAUAAUCAACAUGAACCAGCAUCACCAAUCACACCAGGAGGACUCUAAAGACAGCUUGAUCAUACAACAGCAAGUACAACACCAGCAAGAAUUAAUGGAACAGCACCAACAACAAGAAUUACAACAGCAAGAUGACGAGUUAAGUUUCAAAGGAAUGGAUGAUGAAGGUGUUGAAAUGGAAAUGGACAGCCGACAAUGUUCUCAGUUUCUUUUACAGGGUAUGGGAGUUGAUAUGGGAUCAGUUCAAACUAAAAUGGAAGUAACAAAUGGAGGCCACUCAACCCCUAGAUCGAAACCACAAGCUUGCAAGGUAUGCGGUAAAGUGUUGUCGUCUGCAUCGUCAUACUAUGUCCACAUGAAGCUGCACUCUGGAAAUAAGCCCUUUCAGUGUACUGUUUGCGACGCGGCCUUUUGCCGUAAGCCAUACCUGGAGGUGCACAUGCGCACGCACACGGGCGAGCGGCCCUUUCAAUGCGACCUCUGCCUCAAACGAUUCACGCAGAAAUCCAGUCUCAACACGCACAAACGUGUCCACACCGAGGAGCACAUCCAAUCGCUGAUCAACAAAGUGCGCCCCUAUCAAUGCGACAUCUGUGACAAGCGGUUCACUCAGAAGUCCAGCCUUGGCACUCAUAAACGUAUACACACUGGGGAGCGGCCGUUCCAGUGCACCGUCUGCCUCAAGUCCUUCACGCAGAAGUGCGCGCUCAAUUUGCACGAAAAAAUACAUACGGUCCAGGGGAGGCCGUUCCAGUGCCUGUCGUGCCCCGCCGCCUUCACCUGCAAGCAAUACCUGGAGAUACACACGCGCACGCACACCGGCGAGCGUCCGUAUCAGUGCGACAUCUGCCUGAAGCGCUUCACACAGAAAUCCAGUCUCAACAUUCACAAGCGGACGCACUCAGUGCAGGGCCGGCCCUUCCAGUGUCUGCAGUGCCCCGCCGCCUUCACCUGCAAGCAGUACCUCGAGAUCCACAACCGCACGCACACCGGCGAGCGACCAUACCAAUGUGACGUCUGCCUCAAGAGAUUCGCUCAAAAAUCAACACUCAACAUACACAAACGAACGCACACAGUGCAAGGGCGGCCGUAUCAGUGCAUGGAGUGCCCAGCGGCGUUCACUUGUAAGCCGUACCUGGAGAUUCACAUGCGCACGCACACGGGCGAGCGGCCCUUCGAGUGCGAUGUCUGUUACAAGCGCUUCACGCAGAAAUCGACGCUCAACAUUCACAAGCGAAUCCACACUGGUGAACGACCUUAUGCUUGUGAUAUUUGUCAAAAGAGGUUUGCUGUAAAGAGCUACGUUACGGCGCACAGAUGGUCUCACGUGGCCGAUAAGCCUUUAAACUGCGACCGUUGCUCGAUGACGUUCACAUCAAAGUCCCAGUUCGCGCUCCACAUCCGCACGCACUCGGCGGGCCCGUGCUACGAGUGCAGCGUGUGCGGACGCACCUUCGUCAGAGAUAGCUAUCUAAUAAGGCAUCACAACCGCGUGCACCGCGAAAACCACAGCAACGUGUCAGCGAACAGCAUCGGCACCAUUAACAGCGUCGCCACCAACGCCAACAACUCCAACAAUGGCAACUACGACUCUCCCGGCGUUUGCGACUUGAGCUUUGUCCCAAUGGUGAAUCGCUACAUGACGUCACAGGGUACGCAAGUUUCAAUGCAAGAUACACAGAGCAAAAUGUCAGCCCUGUCGCCGCAAUCUAUAGCGUCAAUAUCUUCACCUCCUCCCCCGCACACGCCUACCCCGCAGCCCAUGUCUGGUCAAAUGCAUCUAGGAGACUGAUCGCCAAGAAAGCUCUCGGUUGACAAAGGACCAGAGUGCAAUAUUUGGAGAGUGGCAGCCAUUAACUGGAGCAGCUAUGAUCACAAAAGGAACGAGGAGACAGGUUCUCCCGAUUAAUUAGGUUUCAGCAUGGACUCAUGCAACAUGUUUGUUUAUGUUAUUGCGUUUAUCCAGUGUAGUAGUUCGGAAGCGACGCGGCGCGGGAAGUCGCGUCCCGCUCCGAGGGCGAGAGUGGCAGAAGAUGGAAUUACGUUAGCUUGUGGAAUCCCUCGAUAACACCAAGUGGACAUCACAGAGAUGAAGACGUAGUGAGUAGUCACGUAGCGGUACCGCCUAUGAUAUGAUAUGCAUUGUGAUUUAUAACCAC